UCCUACUAUUUACCCAUCCAACAAAAAACAUUACUAAGCUCUCUAACCUUCUAUGUUCUUAUCUUUCCAGCAAUCUUGACACAGAAGAGCUCUGCGAAUAUUUUUCCCAGCACUUAGGAGAGUAUCAAAAUGUUCUGUCUGUCUUGGAAAACUUAAACAUAACCAUACUGAAGGCGAUGGACAAAACCAAGAAAGACUAUCAGGAAGCUUCUAAUUUGGAGCAGUUUGUGACUCGCUUUCUUUUGAAGGAAACACUGAACCAGCUUCAGUCCCUCCAGAGCUCCCUGGAGUGUGCCAUGGAAACCACGGCAGAGCAGACUCGGCAGGAAAGACAAGGCCCCACAAAACCAGAAGUGCUCUCAAUUCAAUGGCCAAGAAAACGCUCAGCUCGAAGGCUUCAGAGGAGCAGCAGCCUGUUGUCAAAUAGCCCUCAUUUUAGCACAGGUUGGAUUGAGGAAGACAGCCAGUGGAUGACCCAGAUAAACAGACUCCAAAAGCUGAUUGACAGGCUGGAAAAGAAGGACCUAAAGCUUGAGCCAUUUGAAGAGGAAGUUUUGGAAGAAAAUGCAAGAUCUCACAUAAUGAUUGUUCAACGCCAAAUGUCUGUGAUAGAAGAAGAAAUCGAGGAAUUCCGGCUUGCUCUGAAGCAGUAUGUGGAAUCUGCUUCUACUCAGGGUGGAUGCUUGCAUGUUUCUAUACAAAAGCUUCCAAGUGAUUCCCGCUUCAAUGUUUAUGAGUUCUGGGAGAACAGCAACGCAUGGAAUAGCCAUCUUCAAAUGAAUUACAGCAAGACAUUCCAAAGAAGUAAUGUGGAUUUCUUGGAAACUCCAGAGCUCAUCACAACAAUGCUAGUCCCUGCAUCGUGGUGGAUCCUCAACAACAACUAG